AUGAUUCUCGGCCCAGUUUCCUACCUCGACUGCCUGGUCUUCGUCAUCUUCCUAGCACCACAGCUCCUCCUUGACGUCGGCAUUCUGCAGACCCUGAGGGUCAUACUAGAAGUACUGCCAUUCCUAGUCAUCCAACUACCCAUCACCUUUAUUAUAGGACACUACCUACUCCCCACCCCACAGCAGCCUGCUUUUGUGCGCCAGGCUUCUGCCUUUGAGGAUUUUGUCGUGAGGUGUGUGAGGUAUGCAUUUGCCAACAUCAACCCCAAGGUCGGACGGGUGUUUUUCGGGAAGAAGGUUGCGCUGCCUUGGUUGCGCUGGCGGUUAUUGCGCCAUGGGUACCUGAGGUCGCCGGUGCACUGGCGAGAGUAUCAAGAUAGAAAGAUCAAGGGCAUCUGGGCUGUUGCCGACCCGGCCAAAAAGGCCGAUAUUGUCCUCUACUACGCCCACGGUGGCGGCUUCAGCAUGGGCUCUGCUUACUUCUACCUCGAGUUUCUUCUGAGCUGGCUCAGCCUCAUGAGGGACUCUGGGUACAGAAACCCUGCCGUUUUUGGGAUCGACUAUACCCUCGUGCCGGAUUCGUGUUUCCCGACGCAGCUGGACGAGAUCGUCACAGGAUACGAACAUGUCCUCAGCUUUGCCGGCGAUCCAUCUCGGGUCUGUGUUGCGGGCGACUCGGCCGGAGGGACGUUGAUACUCAGCCUGUUAUUGCAUCUCGCGAACCCAAAGCUGGUCGAAAAGGGGAGGCCGCUGCCUGGAGCCUCCAGGCAUCUCGAGAAGCCCGGUAUGGCCGCGCUCAUCUCGCCGUGGCCGACGCUUCACUCUCCUCUCUAUCAAAACAACAGCAGUGACUUCCUUGAUGCAGACGCGUUGCAGCUGUACGCAUCCCAGUACGCAGGUGGUCCCGAGUUAAUCGCUGACCCGUUGGCGUCGCCCGGCAACUGCAAGGAUGUGAGAUGGUGGAAGGACGCGAGCCCCUCGAGAGGCACCUUGAUCGUGUACGGAAAGGAAGAGGUGUUCGCCCCAGAGAUAGAGAAGCUGGUCCAGGUACUGCAGAAGGCUGGUACAGAUGUGUCGGUCCAGGCGCAAGAAGCCGGUAUUCACGCCUGGCCUGUGGCCUCGCUGUUCCUGGGCGACUCGACAGAGCAGAGGCUGAAAGGUCUGAGGAGCAUUGUCGGUGAGAUGAAGAGGCUCAUCAGGCCCGGGAGUCCAUAG